GUGGGACCAAUGAGAACGCAGCCACGGUGUUCCCUGUGCUGGCGUCCGGGCCGAGGUUGUCUCCUGGAGGACUAGGGCCGUUUGGCCUUCAAGGCCUGACAACAUCAGUGUCAGAGGAUUGCAUUUAGGUCAACAACCCCAUCUUCUCCCCAUGGACACAUCCAAGAAGACAGAAGUGGUUCUCCUGGCCUGUGGCUCUUUUAACCCAAUCACCAACAUGCACCUCCGGCUGUUUGAGCUGGCCAAGGACUAUAUGAAUGCUACAGGAAAAUACAGAGUUAUCAAAGGCAUCAUCUCACCGGUCGGUGAUGCAUACAAGAAGAAAGGACUCAUCCCUGCCCACCACCGAAUCAUCAUGGCAGAACUUGCCACCAAGAACUCAAACUGGGUGGAAGUGGACACGUGGGAAAGUCUUCAGAAGGAGUGGGUGGAGACUGUGAAGGUGCUCAGACACCAUCAAGAGAAUCUGGCAGCUGGCAGCUGCAGUCACCCACAAAGCUCACCCGCACUGGAAAGGCCUGGGCGGAAGAGGAAGUGGAUUGAUCAAAAGCAAGAUUCCAGCCCACAGAAGCCCCAGGAGGCCAAACCAGCAGGUGUGCCCAGGGUGACACUGCUGUGCGGGGCAGAUUUACUGGAGUCCUUCAGCGUGCCCAACUUGUGGAAGACGGAGGACAUCACACAAAUCGUGUCCAACUUUGGGCUCAUCUGUGUCACUCGGGCUGGCAGUGACGCUCAGAAAUUCAUCUACGAGUCUGAUGUGCUGUGGAAACAUCAGAGCAACAUCCACCUAGUGAAUGAGUGGAUCACCAAUGACAUAUCGUCCACCAAGAUCCGGAGGGCGCUCAGAAGGGGCCAGAGCAUCCGCUACUUGGUACCAGACCUUGUCCAAGAGUACAUUGAGGAGCAUGACCUGUACAACUCGGAGAGUGAAGACAGGAAUGCUGGGGUCGUCCUGGCUCCUCUGCAGAGGAACACCGCGGAGGCCAAGCACAACCACCCCACGCCGUGACACUGUGCACGGCAUCAGACGCUCUUCUGGAGACUCAAAACAAUUUGGUGUUAGUAGCUCAGGGAAGGACUUGCCGUCCUGUUUCAUAAACUGAAAUUCAAAGGUUUGAUUUAAAAACCAGCAAGGAGUUAAGAUCAGUGACCGAGACGAGUGUUUUAAACAAGACCAUUAAAAAAAAAAGAAUGUACCUCACCGUAAAAAUAACACUUUAGUGAAAUGUUAAUGAUGCUAACUCUAAAUACAUUUCUUCAAGAAAGGACCCCAUGCUCUACCACGCAGGAGAAGCAAAUGUGAAAAGCAAGUUUAUUCAGAAGCCACGCUUUAGGGGCCGGAGGGACAGUUCCGAGGUUAAGAGCACAGGCUGCCCUUCCGGAGUACCCAGAGUUAGCUCUCUGUACCCGCAGCUCACAACUGUCUGCAACUCUAGUGUCAGGGGAGCUGAUGCCUUCUCUGUACUCUGUGGGCUCUUGGUAUACAUGUGGUUCAUAGGCAUACAUACAGGCAAAAGACACAUGCAUGCACUCGCACACACACACAAAGAAAAAGGAAGAACAGCCUCACUUUAACCAGGCUCAGUGAUGCCCACCUGUAGCACCAGGAGCUGAGGUAGGAGAAUCACUUUGAACCCAGGAGUCUGAGAUGACCCUAGACAACAUGGACCCUUUCUAAAAAACAAAAAAACCCUAGAAUCCUAGCUUUAAUUAUAAAGAGAACUGAGAUGUUGUUCAUGCUUGGUGCCAGCCAUCUUUAUCCAGAAUACACAAAGGAAGGAAUUCUUUAAAACCUGACCUUGGCUGGGCAUGUGGCUCAGUUGGUAGAGCAUUGGCCUAGCAUGCCUGAGGCCCUGGGUUAGAUCACCAGAAGCACAUAAACUGGCCAUGGCAGUGCACACUGUAAUCCAGGUCUUUGGAAGAUGGACGCAGAAGGAUCCAAAGCUCAAGGUUAUCCUUGACAAUCCUCAGGUUUGAGGCCAUCAAGGGAUGCUCGGUGAAGACCCCGUGUCUAAGUUAAACAAUAAAUGAAUGAUCCUGUAAAAUGCACCAA